AUGGGAAACAACGCAUCGACAAAUGGUCAAAUGGGAAAUAGGCCCCUGUUGAACCCUACCAGAUCAGCAAGUACUAGAAAGUCCGCAGCUGCUUCCUCUUCUUCGACAUCACAUCAAGACCAGGUGAGAAAAUCGUCUGCAAGCAACAACCAAAAUAACUCACUUGACGAAGAAUUCAGUGAUUUGAUUUUGCACCAAGUAGUGAAGCAACCAGACCUGGGUUUAUCCAACACCAACAACGUGUCCACAACACAGCUGCUGUCCGCUGUACCUGCAACAACAACAACAAAACAGCUGCAUUCAAAUUACAACCACUUUUCAAACGAUUUAAUUGAGGACGAAUAUAAUGAGUUGAAUGAUGGUUUAGUUGAAGAGUCAACUUCUUUAUCGAGAAACAUCUUACCUGAUAACCACUUUUUUGGCACCAAUCGGCCCACCAAAAGUGGAAGCCCCCAAUCCAGUGACAAUAUGGACUUAGAUGAGCCAUUUGCACAAGAUUCGGAUGAUGUACAGGAGUAUGAACACCAACUUUCGCAAACACCAACUCCAGACUUGUCGAAGGUGGAUUUCACAAAGAUAACUAACCAUGCACUGCAACAAUUGAAGAAGCUGCUGCCUCUGGAUCGAGAAGAUGAAAUUUCUACUCCUCCUUUUCGUCCGCCCCCAGCAACAAGAAUGUUGUCUGCAGCGUCGGUGGCUAGAAAUGCCCAUUCGCCUUCGCCAAAUCUCGAACAACAACAACAUCAACAUCAGCAGCAGCAGCAGCAACAAACAAGCACGCAAACAAACCAACAACAUCACAAUAAGCUGUAUAUAAACAACAACCAACAUUUGCACCAACAAGGUCGCACCAAGCAAACCAAAAGUAAUAAUCACCAUGAAAACAUUCUUAUCCCGAUAGAAAUCAAAUGGGUAAACACAAACAAGGAACAGAUCAACAAGAUUUCCAUCAUUGGGUCGUUUUCCAACUGGAGAGACGUAAUCAGGUUAUCGCCUCUGGUGAACCAUUCGGGGGAAUUUGUCACUACAAUCAAUCUUCCUUUGGGUGUGCAUAAAUUGUUGUACAUUAUCAACAACGAAUAUAGGGUGAGUGACCAAUUACCAACGGCUACUGAUCAAGAAGGUAUAUUUUUCAACUGGUUUGAAGUUAUUGAUGAUACGCACUUGUUCAAUCACUCACUCAAUCAAGCAAAUCAUGUUGGUGCUAGUACUGACUAUGAUGCUAAUAUAAUUUCCAAUCUGGAUACAAGCGACGCAUAUAAUAAAAGUCAGCAACAGCAGUCACUAUCUCAUGACCUGUCUACGAGCUCUACUCCAAGAUUGGCAGGACGGUAUGAAGUUGAAAAAAUUCAGGAGAAAGCGAAUGAUUUAUUGCACAAGAUGUCCAAGGAAUCCAGUUCCCAAUAUGAGCAUUUGGAAUAUGUGGAGGAUGUGAAUGAUACUAUGGUAGAUGAAGGAGAUGCCGAAUUACAAGCUAAGCAGGAACAACAGCAGCAUCUGGCAAAUUACCCAUACUCAAAUACACAUCAACAACAACAUCAAAACAAUCACUCGCGACCAAAUUCUCGUAAUCAAUCCCAUUCAGAACAGUUUCUCCCUUACGAGCUUUCGAAAUCAAACUCAUUCAUCAAACCAGAGAAAAAGAUUCACUACUCGAGUGAGAUUCCCGAGAUGUUUGUCAACUACGACUAUUUCAAAUCGAAACCAGCAGAUUAUGAAUUACCUGAACCUCCACAAUUACCACCACAUCUAAACAAUGUGUUGUUGAAUAAGAUUUCGCAACAACCAGGAGGAAGCGACAAUUCAUCUUCGAAUUUGAUUCCAUCGCCUUCCUCGGUGCCACCUGCACAAGCAAACAACCCCAAUCUCACGCAACAGCCACAUGGUGUGCAGGGGUAUUCCUCAUCAGCUUCGGCAUCAUCGUCAGCUCAUUAUAGUCACAAGCGACCACCUUUGCGUAGAGCAGAUAGCUCGUACUAUGCUUCGAAUAAGGAGGCGUAUCAUUUAUCCAUUCCCAACCAUGUCAUAUUGAACCAUUUGAUGACAACUUCGAUCAAAAAUGAAGUUCUUACUGUCGCUUGUAUUACUAGGUAUCUGGGUAAGUUCGUUACUCAAAUCAUGCACUCCCCAGCUGAUACCUGA